UGUCGCGAAAGAUUGGCGACGUAGCGCAAAGACAUUCCCGCCGAUAAGGUAUAGACAGAAAACAAAAAGCAAUCAUCGUACUCGCUCUCGCAAAACACAAAGUAGAAAAAGGAAGGUGUCGUCCGAUAGAGGGGAUCAUAGUCUGCACUGCUGAAGGGUGUCUGUGGACGUAAAAUACCUUGUCCACUGCAAGAAUAGAGACGAAAACCAAACCACCUGCCAUACUCGUCGAUAUACCCGGUCAAGCAACAACAACACGACACAAACCAUGACUCCCGCGACAGUUGAGAGUGGCGGCUGCAAGGAGGAGGUCGUCGCCCAAAAAGGAUUUAAAGACCCAGGAGUUGUGCCAAACCCAGUAGUAGAAGGUGUAUGGACGCCCGAAAAGGUAUUGGACACUCUCACGACCGGCAAACCGACAGAGGGAUCGGAUUCUCCAUUACCAUACUUCCAUCUCCUCGAAAGGCUGAAGACUACCAAGCGCGAGGGAUGGCGUCGUUUUGGAAUUGAGAGGGGUGAAUCCAUCGCCGACCACAUGUACCGCAUGUCCCUGAUGUCGAUGCUCGCGCCUCCCACGCUCGCCCCCCGCCUCGACCUCAACAAAUGCAUCAAGAUGUGCCUGAUCCACGACAUGGCCGAGUCUCUAGUCGGCGACAUCACCCCCGUCGACGGCGUCGCAAAGCCUGAGAAGGCGCGCCGCGAGGCCGCAACCAUGGACUACAUCACCUCGACGCUCCUGGGCAACGUCUACGGCGGCGGCAACACGGUCGGCGCCGAGAUGCGCGCCAUAUGGCAGGAGUACGAGGACUCGGAGACCCUGGAGAGCAAGUAUGUUCACGACAUCGACAAGAUGGAGCUCAUUUGCCAGAUGGUCGAGUACGAGAAGCGCGGCGAGGGCAGGCUGGACCUCGGGGAGUUUGCUUGGGUGGCCAAGAAGAUGGUCCUCCCCGAGAUGAUUGCGCGCGGCGAGGAAAUCUUGAAGGAGCGCGAAGCCUUCUGGGCCGGGAGGAACCACGUCAGGGGGGAUGUGGGUGUCGAGGGCGGAGUAUCGGCCUCUCAUAUCGAGCAGUCCGAUGCCUACUACAGCAAGCCCGAGGAGAAGUAAUGCCUGUGGGUGAGCGGCAGGCAGUCGGGAUGCACAAAGUAGUUGUGGAUAUAUUUGCCCCGUUUUUCUCAAAUCUCGUUAAUUCAUUCACGGCUAGGAUUGUCUUUACUAUGGCGUUAGCGCAGAUGCAUGGCUCUCUUUCCCCUAGACUAGCAUAGAUAGGAUCUGAGGAUUCCCAAGCAACAAUACAGACUGUAAAGAAGCCGUGAUCAGUGCGUUUUAU